AUGGCUCCAAAGUGACCUGUCAUGGCUUUAAUGAUCCCCCCGGUGAAACUCAAAUGGCUGGAGCACCUGAACAGCUCAUGGAUUACGGAGGACAGCGAGUCCAUAGCCACGCGGGAGGGAGUUUCGGUGCUCUACUCAAAGCUGCUGGCCAACAAAGAGGUGGUGCUGCUGCCCCAGCAGGUGCUCUGCCUGAAGGGCCCCCAGCUUCCAGACUUUGAGCGGGAAUCCCUCUCCAGCGAUGAGCAGGAGCACUACCUGGACGCUCUGCUCAGCAGCCAAUUGGCUCUGGCCAAGAUGGUCUGCUCCGACUCGCCCUUUGCCGCUGCGCUGCGCAAACGUGUGCUGGUGCUCCAGCGCAUCUUCUACGCACUUUCCAACAAGUACCAUGACAAAGGUAAAGUCAAGCAGCAGCAGCACUCUCCGGAGAACAACUCGGGCUCGGCCGAUCUGCACUCUGUCAGCGAGCGGCCGCGCUCCAGCACCGAUGCUCUCAUUGAGAUGGGCGUUCGCACGGGCCUCAGCCUUCUGUUUGCUCUCCUGCGCCAGAGCUGGAUGAUGCCUCCUCCGCCCAGCCCUUGUGGAGGUCACGGGGGCAGCAUUAACUUGUGUAAUGAUGUCAUUCACACUGCCAUCGACGUGGUGAGCUCCCUGCCCCCCCUGUCUCUGGCCAACGAGAGCAAGAUCCCCCCCAUGGGCCUGGACUGCCUGGCCCAGGUCACCACCUUUCUGAAGGGGGUGACAAUGCCAAACUCCGGAGCGGAUAUUUUAGGGCGACGCCUCGCCUCAGAGCUCCUCCUCGGCCUGGCCUCGCAGAGGGGCUCCCUGCGCUACCUCCUGGAGUGGAUAGAAAUGGCCCUGGCAGCAUCAGCUGUGGUCAGCACCAUGGAGCAGAGCAAGGUGCUCCAGAACCAAGAGGGCCUCAUCGGUUAUGACUGUUUCAUGAACAUCCUCAUGCAGAUGAGACGCUCUUUGGGUUCCUCAGCAGAUCGCAGCCAGUGGCGGGAACCCACGCGGACCUCUGACGGCCUGUGCUCACUGUAUGAGGCUGCACUCUGUCUCUUUGAAGAAGUAUGUCGAAUGGCAUCAGACUACUCUCGCACUUGUGUCAGUCCAGACAGCAUACAGACGGGCGAGGCCCCCGUGGUGUCUGAAACCUGCGAGGUGUAUGUGUGGGGCAGUAACAGCAGCCACCAGCUAGUGGAGGGCACACAGGAGAAGAUCUUACAACCCAAGUUGGCCACCAGCUUCGCAGAUGCACAGACAAUCGAAGCAGGUCAGUACUGCACUUUCGUGAUAUCCUCCGAUGGCUCCGUCCGGGCCUGUGGGAAGGGCAGCUACGGCCGCUUGGGCCUCGGGGACUCUAACAACCAGUCUACGCUCAAGAAGCUGACCUUUGAACCCCACCGCGCAAUCAAGAAGGUGUCCUCGUCCAAGGGUUCUGAUGGCCACACGCUGGCCUUCACGACGGAGGGUGAGGUGUUCAGCUGGGGUGACGGUGAUUAUGGCAAACUGGGUCACGGGAACAGCUCAACACAGAAAUACCCUAAACUUAUCCAGGGGCCACUGCAGGGGAAGGUGGUGGUUUGUGUGUCUGCUGGCUACAGACACAGUGCUGCAGUCAGCGAGGAUGGAGAGCUGUACACAUGGGGGGAAGGGGAUUUUGGACGAUUAGGUCACGGUGACAGCAACAGCCGAAACAUUCCUACGCUAGUUAAAGACAUCAGCAACGUUGGCGAGGUGUCGUGUGGCAGCUCCCACACUAUCGCACUGUCAAAGGAUGGACGGACCGUGUGGUCGUUCGGAGGAGGAGACAAUGGAAAACUUGGUCACGGUGAUACUAAUCGAGUUUACAAACCUAAAGUAGUGGAGGCCCUGCAGGGGAUGUUCAUCAGGAAAGUGUGCGCAGGAAGUCAGUCCUCACUCGCCUUGACCUCUACUGGACAGGUGUAUGCUUGGGGCUGUGGCGCCUGCCUGGGCUGUGGUUCCUCUGAGGCCACAGCGCUCAGACCCAAACUCAUCGAGGAGCUGGCGACCACCAGAGUGGUGGAUAUCUCUAUCGGAGACAGCCACUGUCUGGCCCUGUCUCACGACAAUGAAGUAUAUGCAUGGGGCAACAACUCCAUGGGCCAGUGUGGCCAGGGGAACUCAACUGGGCCAAUCACUAAGCCCAAAAAGGUCGUCAGCCUGGACGGAGUCGCGAUUCAGCAGAUCUCAGCUGGCACCUCUCACAGUCUGGCCUGGACAGCGCUGCCCAGGGACAGGCAGGUGGUGGCGUGGCACAGACCAUACUGCGUCGACCUUGAAGAAAGCACCUUCUCCCACUUGCGCUCCUUCCUUGAGCGCUACUGUGACGGGAUCAACAGUGAAGUUCCUCCGCUUCCCUUCCCCUCGUCCAGGGAGCAUCAUACCUUUCUCAAGCUGUGCCUUCGGCUCUUGUCCAAUCACCUGGCUCUGGCUCUGGCCGGGGGCGUGGCCACCAGUAUCUUAGGUCGGCAGGCCAGGCCCCUGAGGAACCUGCUCUUCAGACUGAUGGACUCAUCUGUGCCAGAUGAGAUUCAGGAAGCGGUGAUAGAGACUCUGUCUGUGGGUGCGACCAUGCUGCUGCCUCCACUGAGAGAGAGGAUGGAGCUCCUUCACUCGUUGCUGCCUCAGGGCCCGGACAGAUGGGAGAGUCUCUCCAAAGGACAGAGGAUGCAGCUCGACAUCAUCCUGACCAGUCUUCAAGACCACACCCACGUGGCCUCGCUCCUGGGUUACAGCUCUCCUGCCGAUGGCCCCGAGGUCCUUUCCUCCGGUCCAGGUUUCACAGCCUCCGCAGACCCGGGCUACAGCGCCACCGCGGGCCACCCUGACACCCACCUGGCCGAGAUCCUCAUGAAGACGCUGCUCAGGAAUCUGGGCUUCUACACU